AUGAAUGUCUGCCUUAUCGACGCGCAUGCCCAGAACGGGUCGACGGAGAUAUGGCUCGGUAGUCAUAGGGAGCAGACUCUGGACGAUUACGUGGCCGUCACAUCAGGCGAUGUCAAGAAGACCUCUUUGGAGAGAAGAAGACAGGUCAGACCACCUGUCCACCCUACUUUGCCAAAGGGGAGCUUGGUGCUACGGGAUCUGCCAUUAUGGCAUGCGGGUAUGCAUAACGAAACCGAUGAAGUAAGAGUGAUGCUUGCGCUUGUCUACACCGCUGAGUGGUACAAAAACCCCCUGCUCCUUUGGCCUCAGUCUAUCCAGACGGAAGUUGAAGCCCUUGGUGCGAUCAAUGAUACAUGGGUAGAGGGUGCAUUCUAUGACGACGAGGAUGGUAAGAAGGAAUAUCUAGCUAUUGGGUUUGACGGGAAUUUUGGCACCAGCUUUGAAAUUUGA